AACGGCAAAAAAAAAAUGAAAAAAAAAAAAGAUGUGUUAAGCAGAGAGCGUACAAUAUAUAUAUUAACGUAGUCUUCAAUCAUACAAAUUGUACUGUACUCGUCAAGAAAUUCACACUAAAUCGACGUGUGUGUGUGUGUUGUGCAUUAACCCCCAAAAUACCCGCGAAUUUCAUUUCUUUGUUUCUCUCACUUCUCUCUGCGUUCUCUCUUUCUCUUUCGCUUCUCUUCUUUGCUCUCGCUCUUCAAUCUCCAAACUCAUAUCGCACUCGAACCGUACGGCUCUCAGAUUCUCAGGAUGAGGCAUGCAAAGGAAGAACCAUCAUGUAGUGCAACAGAAGCCAUUGACUUAAUUUCAGCAGUGAAGGAGUUACAUGGGAUUAGCUCUCAGGAACUUAAUAAAUUAUUGAGAGACUCUGAAAAUUUUACUAUUCACUACAAUACUGAAAAAGGAUUGAUGAAGAUUGAUAUGGAGAAGCUUGCAGCCUUUCUUCCUUUGCACCUUCUUGGUGUUCUUAUGUCAUCUGACAGAGAUGAGACGCUGUUCAGAUACUUGUUAUGUGGUAUUCGGCUCUUGCAUUCCUUGUGUGAUUUAGCAUCUCGGCAAUCUAAAGUGGAGCAGGUCACUAUUUUGCUAGAUGAUGUAAAAGUGUCAGAACAGCUGCUUGACCUGGUGUUUUAUUUGCUGAUUGUUCUUGGUGGAUAUAAACAGGAAAACCAUAAUUUUGGUCUUAUUCCCCUUGUUCAUUCAGCACUUGUGGCAAGCAGUCUACAUCUGUUAACAGGAUGCAUAGCUUCACUAACAGGAUGCAUAGCUUCACAGUGGCAAGAUCUUGUCCAUGUAUUGCUUGCGCACCCUAAGGUUGACAUAUUUAUGGAUGCAGCUUUUGGAGCAGUCCUCACUGCCAUUGGGUUUCUUGAGAUCCAGCUGUCAGCACAACAUAUUGAUUUUCGUAGUCUGACUGUUGAACGAAUGGUUAACUUUUUAUGCCAGCAAUGUGAAGCCUCUUUACAGUUUCUUCAGUCAUUGUGCCAACAAAAGAUGUUUAGGGAGCGCCUACUUAGGAAUAAGGAACUAUGUGGAAAGGGCGGAGUUCUUUUUCUAGCUCGAGCCAUCUUGAAGUUAAAUGUCCCACCUUUUACAGGGUCCUCCAGAAUUGUGGCUGCCCUCUCUAGGAUGAAAGCUAAAAUCCUAUCAAUUCUGUUGAGUCUCUGUGAAGCAGAAAGCGUUUCUUACCUGGAUGAGGUUGCCAGCUCGCCAGAAAGCUUAAAUUUGGCUAAGUCUGUUGCAUUAGAGGUUCUUGAGCUGUUGAAGACUGCACUUGGUAGAGAUCCCAAACAUCUUACUUCUUGUUCCGACAGAAGUUACCCAACGGGGUUUUUGCAACUCAAUGCUAUGCGCCUAGCUGAUAUCUUCUCCGAUGAUUCUAAUUUUCGAUCUUACAUUACAAUACACUUUACUAAAGUUCUGACUGCAAUAUUUUCACUUCCUCAUGGAGAUUUUUUAUCCAGUUGGUGUUCUUCUAAUCUCCCAAUGAGGGAAGAAGAUGGUAGUCUUGAGUAUGAUUCAUUUGCAGCGGCUGGAUGGGUUUUGGAUAAACUUUCAUCAUUGGACUUAUCAAAUGGAACAAAUUUGGAAUUUACUUCACUUCCAAAUAACAUGCCUCAGACUUCCUAUGAACAUCAGAGAACAUCGUUAUUUGUCAAAGUAAUUGCAAACCUCCAUUGUUUUGUUCCCACCAUCUGUGAAGAGCAGGAGAGGAACCUCUUCCUUCUCAAGUUUUUGGAGUGCUUGCAAAUGGACCUAUCUAAAUCAUUACCUGAAUUUUCCAUUAAUUCUGAUGCUCCAAAAGCUGCAACUGUUUGCAGGAACCUCCGUUCAUUGUUAAGUCAUGCAGAAUCUUUAAUUCCCAACUUUUUAAAUGAGGAAGAUGUCCAGCUUUUAAGGGUUUUCUUUGACCAGUUGCAGUCACUAAUUACUUCUGGUGAAUUAGGAGAAAAUCGAGCCCAAGAUAACAAAUUUGAGGAGUCAACAUCUUGGGAUAAGUUUUCCAAACUCAACCUCAGUGAAAAUCAUCAGGAGGCUCAGAGUACUGGGGGAUACUCAUCACCUUUACUGAGAAAAGAUCAUCCAAUAUCUAAUAAAAGAAGAGGUACCUUGAAGGAGGAAAUGUCGGAGAAUUCUGCUUUUCAAGAAGUGGAGCAGAUAUAUGUCAAAAGUGAUCAUAUCGAUCAAGGUGAUGAUGUAAAUAGGGGGGAAAAUAGAGGUCUCUCUGGUAGGGGUGCAUCUGGAGGUUUGGGAGGCAUCAACACAGAUGUUCAGAAUGUUGAAACAAGCGGUUCAGAUACAAGCUCUUCAAGAGGAAAGAAUGCUGUUCAUCAAAUGGAAAAUGGUGAGUUUUCAAAGUCAAACAAGCACAUCAAAGAGAGUGGGUUUGGAGGAAAUCCUGAGGAUGAAAAGGUUACAAUGGAUCAGUGUGAAGAAAAGCAGCGGAAAAAACGGAAGCGAACUAUAAUGAAUGAUAAACAGGUGAUGCUAAUAGAGAGGGCCCUCUUGGAUGAACCUGAUAUGCAGCGAAAUGCAGCUUCUAUACAAUCCUGGGCUGAUAAAUUAAGUCUUCAUGGUUCUGAAGUUACGCCUUCGCAGCUUAAAAAUUGGCUGAAUAAUCGAAAAGCCAGGUUGGCCCGGACAGCUAAAGAUGUACGUGCAACAUCAGAUGUUGAUAAUGCCCUUCCAGACAAGCAAGAUGGACCAGGACCAGUGUCCUGUAACUCAGUUCCAGGUGAAGAUGCUAAUGUCCCAUUGAAUGAGAGAAGAGAUACUCAAAGCAUGUUGAGAAUCGGCCGGAGUGGUGAGAACUCUGAUACUGCCAUGGCAGAUUUUGUUGAUAUUGGCCCAGCAGAAUUUGUUCAAUGCAGGCCGGGUCAGUAUGUUGUUGUUGUCGAUAUGCAUGGAGAGGAGAUCGGUAAGGGAAAGGUGCAUCAGGUGGAUGGUAAUUGGUAUGGACGGAGUCUGGAGGAAUUAGAGACUUGCGUUGUGGAUAUAAACGAGCUUAAGGCUGAGAGAGCGGCAAAACUUCCAUAUCCAUCUCAAGCCACAGGCACCUCAUUCAAUGAGGCUGAAAUAAAAUUUGGGGUAAUGAGAGUAUUGUGGGAUGCUAACAGAAUUUUCAUGUUGCGGUCUCAAUGAAUGUGACUGAUGAUUAAAUAGCUGCAGUUUUUUCCUGAAAGUUGUUAAUUUUACAUUUUAUAAUCACUAUACCAUCUUUUAGGCAGAAUUCAAGAA